AUGCGCAAAUGCCGUGAUUCGUGGGCUUCCCCUGGAUUCGAGGCAUCGUAUUCUCCGAACCGCAUCUCCACCACACCAAUCUCUGGCGAUCAAUCUCGCUUCGUGGUUUGGUAUAACGGCUUAUUGACCAGUUUCUUCGAGAAGCAGAAACUUGCGAUGCGGCAGUUGCAGCUUCGUGUCAACCAUCGCAACGCUUCUGUUCGCGGCAUUCGACGCUAUGCCGGAUACAAUCUGACAGUGACUGGCGACAACGAGUCAGUGCUCUACGAAACUGACAACACCGCAACGUCCAAUCCGGAUUACCCACCACCAGAUGUCUACCUCAACGCCAGUGUACACGUCGGCGAGAUCGAUAUCCUAGUCCGGGAGCUCUCCGCCAAGAUCAACAUCGAUGCGCAAGUCUUGCAACUACUGGAGUUCAACGCUGGUGUCGAUGUCUCGGUGGAGCGCAUUCGACUGCAGAUCCAGAAUGUGACCGCCAAAGUUGAGCUUACCGCGCGAUUGGAGAACCUGGUCAAGAUGGUCAGCUCAGUCCUCGAUUCCGUUGACCUGAAUCCCAUCCUCGCUGAGCUGGGCGAUCUGGCCGGUGGUGUCAUUGGCGGAGUAGGUGACAUCGUUGGAGGCGUGAUCGGCGAUGGAUCCUCGUCAGGUGGCAGUCCCGCCAACGGCUCAACCACUGGCGCCGCUCCAUCCGCUUCCCUGUCCGAGCGCGGCCUUUUCAACGCGCAACUCGCGAACGGCAUUCUGUACGCCAUCAACAACUACGAAGGCAACGCGCACACCAACCGCGUCCUGGACCAGAACGGCGACCUAGUCGAUCAAAGUCUGGACAACGGCGGGAUCAUCUACAACCAGCGUAUCGUAGGGCGGUACGACACAGAUAUGGAGUUUACAGGCCAGUCAAGGACGGGUGUCGUGGUGGACGGGAUUGUAACAACGGAGAAGGAGUACGUGUACAGGCCGUUUCCUGGGAUAACGCUCGUGGCGCAGAUUUUCGUGAGCGAAGCAGGUGGGGAGGUCGUUGCGACAAGGCUAAUUAGCGAGGUGGAGGGUGGUGGGAGCAGUAUCAUCGAAAGUGUGUCGGAGACAACGGCGGCAUAG